AAAUUCCUCGGACAUGUUGUUGGUUUUUCACUUCCGGAUCUCACAUAUUCACCUGCCCGGACCCUGAACCCGCGUCUUCCAGCGGAGGAUGCUGUGAUUCGGUGACAUGACUCCGGAGCAGCAGGACUUCGUCCUCCGGGCCUGCGGGGCCUCCUCCCUCUGCGCAGGCGCGACGAUCCAGAGCCUGUGGAGCGGCUACGGGGAGAUCGUGCGCGUGCACCUGCAGGGCAGCCGGCGGCCCUCCGUCAUCCUCAAACACGUCAAGUUCCCGGUGGAGGCGGAGCAUCCCGGCGGCUGGAACACGGACCGCUCCCACAGGCGGAAGGUCCGGUCCUACCAGGUGGAGACGAACUGGUACCAGAACUUCUCCACCGACGACAGCUGCCGCAUCCCCGCCUGCCUGGCCGCCUGUUCCCAUGGCGACGAGAUGCUGAUAGUUCUGGAGGAUCUGGAUGUGGCGGGAUUUGAUGGGAGACGCACCAGCGUGAAGGACCAGGAGAUCAGAGCCUGCCUGGGUUGGCUUGCCCACUUCCACGCUCUCUUCCUGGGCGUUGAACCGGAGGGUUUGUGGCCCGUGGGGACCUACUGGCACCUGGAGACCCGUCCGGACGAGCUGGAGGCCAUGGACGACGCCGAGCUCAAAGCCGCCGCCGCCGACAUCGACCGUACGCUCAACGAGUGCCGCUUCAAGACCAUCGUUCACGGAGACGCCAAGCUGGCCAACUUCUGCUUCUCCCCGAGCGGACAGGAGGUGGCGGCCGUGGACUUCCAGUACGUGGGAGGCGGCUGCGGGAUGAAGGAUGUGGUGUACUUCCUCGGCAGCUGCAUGGACGAGAGGGAGUGUGAGAAGAGAGUCCCGGGACUGCUGGACCUUUACUUCUCCGAGCUGAAGGCGGCGCUGAGGCGGGACGUGGACGGCGACGCUCUGGAGAAAGAGUGGAGGGACAUGUUUGCGUUUGCGUGGACGGACUUUCACCGCUUCCUGCUGGGAUGGAUGCCGGGACACUGGAAGAUCAACCGAUACAGCAAACGGUUAACCAGGGAGGUUCUGUGCAAGAUACAGAACCGGAAAAAGAACCACUGAACCGCCGACGCCUUCAAAAGAACCAAAACACGGACAGAGAAACGAGUCUUGUGCUGUUCGUUGUCAGACCAAUAAAAAUCUGUUCCAGUGGUUGAA